GGCUUUCUCACCUGACGCGCACCAGCGAAAGAAACGUCAAAUGCGCCCCGAGAGUUGUGUAAGAAAGUUUUAUUUACAGUGUAGCAUUUCUUGGAGUUAUACACGUCGUCUUGGGGUUCUCCUUGUGAUUUUUCCAGCAAAUAUGCAGUGAAAAUUGCGUGAAAAAGUGCCUCAAAUGUGUUCAAAACCACCAAAAGUGACCCAAGUGUGCUCUGUGAUGGAAAAUUGAUUAGAAUUUGCAAAUUCAGAGGUGCUAAUCAGUUGUUUUUGACUUCUUCUCCAUAAAAGAAGAAAAAAAAACCACAUACAAUUAACAUACAAUCGACACACAGCUAUUUUAGUUAAAUUGGAAAAGCACAAUGACGAAAGAUCAUGCGGCUUAUGCCACAGCGACAUUUUACACGGAAACACCGCCAUCGACAAAAUCUGAACCAUCGGAGGAUGAUGAGAGAAAAACGAUUGCUGAUGAGGAUGCCAAUCAGAAGUACGAAUCCCUAUUUGCUAGUUUUUCCAAUCAAUUGCGCAUUCUGGAUGAGGAGUUGUGCAUUGAGAAGAACUACAGGAAUGUGCAAUUGACGGAAAUAAUUACGGCUCUGCUGGCGGUGGAGGCGAAAUUGAGGCGGGAGCAGAAACGUAUAAAACAAAAGUUGUAUGAGAAAGAUGAACAAAUAAGUUACCAAUUGAAUGAAAUUGAAAACUACAAAAUUGCCAGGAGACUCUGUGGUAAAUGUUCACGUUCCCUGCCUGGCGAAAGUCGCAAUGCUGAAACGCAGACAGAAAGGCAACAGGAAGACUUUAAGAUUGAGAAUAUCAAUCAUCGUGUAACAAUAACAACGAUCAACAACGAAAGUGAAUCACCUCAGACAACCAAUUGCAUCUAUGUUAGUGGUGAGAGUGAUGAGCAGCAUAGAAUGCUGAGGAUUGCACCAGGCGUAGCACCGGAAAAGCCCAAACCGCCCAUUGCAAAAAUCCGAACAGUCAAACCAUUGGCUAAUUGUGAGGAAAUCCCCGUGAACCUAGAACAGCCCGAAGUCACAGAUGAUUGGUACUCGAGUAGUGAUAUUGAGGACAAUGAUUGCAUAUCGACAAAUUUGUACGAUCGCAGUGUCAAUCCUGUGCUGGAAUGUGUUAAUCAGAUACUUCUGCAACAGUCCAUCGAAGGAAACUGCGAAUCAACGAGGAGUUAUGACGAAGUAAAACCCCGUCGAGUGCAAUUUUCCACACAAAACUGCCUCGUGGCUGUUCCCUGCAAUAACAAUGGACAUUUGGUGAGUGAGAGUGAGAAGUCCAGUAGUGGUCCAAAUGGGACAAAUGAGGAGAGUCAGGGUAUUGAGAAUGAGUAUGAAUUUAUUGGGUCAGAAGUGGAGAAAGAAUCGAGUUUGUAUGUGGAUAUGGAUAGGAAGUCUUUUCAGUCUCCGCCUAGGAGUAUUGUGAAGAAUGUGGAGCCGGCCAAGACACCACCGGCUUUGCCACCAAAACCGGCCAAUCUAAUGAAAUUUCGCAAGGUGCUGAAGCCCAACAAGUUGCUCAUAAAGGUGAGCACACCGGUGAAACAGCUGGCCGUUGAGCCGGACUAUUGCUCAAUAGCCAGUGUGUCGGAGAAGAGUAAGUCGGAUUGCGAUGACUUUGAGAAUAUUCCCAAAUUGCCAAAUGUUGCGGCAAUUCUGGUGCCAAAGCGCACAGAUGCCGGUAGCAUGGGAAGAUUCAUCAAUAAAGACAACUAUGUGACAAAGACAGUGAUGAACAUUCAGAGUAAUUCAGUGCAAAAAGAGCCAAACAACAAUGUUAAGAGUCCCAAUCAGGUGCAUCAGAGUGUGGUGGAGAUACCCUUUACGGCAAAAAUCUUCGAAGAGCGCAUUCCCAUUCAGGCGGAAUUUGAUUGGUACAAUCUGGAUGCGGAAUAUGGGAAGUUCAACCAAGCGGAUGUCAUCAAAGAGACAUCGGACUCCAGUGAGACGGAAACAGCAGUGUCUAUCAUUCAAAAUCCAACAGUCACUGAUCGGUAUUACAUGAGAAGUUCCAUCAUCAGAUCACCUAGUAAACAGUCCAUCGUGAGUGGUGGUGGGAUUUUGCCCAAGAAGGCAGGAAGUGAAGUGCACUUGUGCUGAUAAAAUGUCGUUUCUUUUGUUUAGAGGAAAUUCAACAUUUUCAUAUAGGACUAUUUUUUGUAUUAUUGUGUACACGAAAAAGGAACAAUUGGAUCAACUGACAGAAUGGAGCAAAUGAAGUGUGGAAAAAUACUGAAAUUAUUUAAAAUAAAAUAACUGCAUUUCUUUCU